AGGUAUGGGGCUGGCAACCAAAAGCUUAUGAAAACAGUUCACUUUCAGAAGAAUUGCAAGCAAUUUAUGAUCCCAACAGAGUGAUGAUAGAAUGCAAAGGAAAAAAAGACAGAGACAAGGACAACAUAGGAGAAAUUGAUUACUAUCCACAAGGGGGUAUCGACUUUAAAUAUUUCCCAUAUGUUGGAACCGCAGAUGAGAAUUCAGACUAUCGCACCAACUAUCUGCAACCUGUAAUGGCGGUACAUUUUAAAAAUCUGACCAUGGACACCACUGUUCGAGUAGAAUGCUGGGCCCGUGCUAAAAAUAUGGAAUACGGAGAAUAUGAAGGCCACACAGAAUUUAUGCUCAGGGUGAAUACAGCACCUUUAAAAUCAGAAGUCGUUAUUGGUGAUGAGGGUUCCUAAUCGUAACUAUCAAGCUCAUUAUCAUAGUCCCCUCCCAAAAAAUAUUGUGUAUAUACAUUGGAUUGUAUUGUGUGCGUUUCAGAGAUGCUGUAUAAUGAGCUUUGGUUUAUGCAAUUAAUGUUUUCUUGUACUAGGUUUUUUUUUUAAUACUAAAAUCAAAAUGACUGAAACUAAUGGUCUGUGUGAUGUACCCUGCUCUGUGUGCAAGCAGCGUAUUUCUCUCAUUGGAGCACUUCAUUGCUAUCCUUUCACA